UUUUUUUUUGCCCUAAAUACCAGUAGAGAUCAUGCAAAUAGUCGAUAUUUUGGUGCUAUAAAUCAUAUGAUAAUAUAGAGAGAGGAAAAUAUUCAGGAAGUAUCAUCGUCGAUUCGAUUCUUAGCUGAAUUCUCUCUCUCUUUAGCAGGAAAUUCAGAUUCAUAAGGAUUUUAGGAUGCCGCGAAAAUCGGAAGGGCCAAAUAGGAUAGAAGCUAAUCCUUAUAACUUUACUCAGUCGAUAUCAUGUCCAGAGCCUUGGUGGCGGAGUACUGGCUAUAACUCUAGUUCCCCUGCAGUGAUGGGAACGGUUUCUAAUUCAUCUUCAUUGGAUCAAUCUAAAGAUGACAACUCAGAGUCUGAUGAUGGGGUAGAUGAAGAAGUUGAAGCUGUUAAUGAUUCACAAAUUGUUUUGACUCAUCCAGAUGAAAAUGGAGAAGAACACCAUAAUUUUCAGAAUGGAACGCCAACAGUACCCACAAGGAAUGAAGGAAGCCUCAUCCAGCCUCCACAACUUGUAGGCCACUCUAUUGCUUGUGCAUCAAAUCCAUAUCCAUACCCAUAUGUAGAUCCAUAUUAUGGGGGAAUGAUGGCAGCUUAUGGUACUCAACCUCUGGUACCACCACCGCCUCAUUUUGUUGAUAUGCACCACAAUAGAAUGGUUUUGCCACUUGAGGUGACACAAGAGCCAGUUUUUGUAAACGCAAAACAAUACCAUGGAAUCUUGAGGCGGAGACAAUCACGUGCAAAAUUGGAGCUUGAAAGGAAAUUGAUAAAGAACAGAAAGACGUAUUUACAUGAAUCAAGACACCAGCAUGCAUUGAGACGGAAUAGGAGUUCAGGUGGUCGAUUUGCGAAGAAAUCUGGCACUGAUUCUUCUCAGGUUGCUGCUGAAGAAAUCAGACCCAGCUUAGGAGGAUCAUCUGUAGUGCAGUCAAACUCUGCCAAUUCAUCUGGUUCCAUUGACCCUCGAUUCAACAGUUCUCAAGGAGGAGGCGAUGAAUCCUAGUCUUGGUGUCCGUGAAAAACGGGGUAAUAUGUGGUUGUGUAGUAAAAUGGCAAUUCAUUCUUGGCUAAUUUUAUGAUGAUGGAGGUGUAAAUGCCAAGUUAAGCUGAUUUGGGUUUUUUUUCUUAGAUUUUGUUUCAUGAUAAUAGGAUUAGAGGAUAUACUUGUGGCUGUUAGGUUGGUCAGUUCUUAUACUUUUUUUAAAGAGUUUUUUUAGGUAACUUUUAGGGUUGGAAAUGAUUACAUUUGGUGUAUGUUUGAUUUCAAACUUGUGAUUUCCUUCACUUUGA